AUGGAAAGUAAGAAUGACACCAUGAUGGUAUCUGAAUUUAUCCUUCUAGGGAUCCCCAAUACCAGAGGCCAGGAGACCAUCCUCUUCAUUGUCUUCCUCAGCUUCUACCUCUGCACCCUGCUGGGGAACCUGCUAAUCCUCGCAGCUAUCCUUUCUGACUCAUGCCUGCACACCCCUAUGUACUUUUUCCUCCUCAAUCUGUCCAUUGUGGACCUAGGGUUCUCCUCUAUCAGUACCCCCAAGCUGCUGGCCAACCUCUGGGCCAAGAGCAGAACCAUUUCCCUGGGGGGAUGCAUGUCCCAAGUCUUCUUCUACCACUUCCUGGGCAGCACAGAAUGCCUGCUCUACACCGUCAUGGCAUAUGACCGGUACGUGGCCAUCUGCCACCCGCUGCGCUACCUUCUCAUCAUGAACUGGAGGGUGUGUGCUGUCCUGGCUGCUGGUACUUGGUUCACCAGUUCUUUCCAUGCUACCAUCCUCACCAGCUUGACCUUCACACUGCCCUACUGCCGCUCCAAUGUGGUAGACUAUUUCUUAUGCGACAUCUUCCCUGUGGUCAAGCUUGCCUGUGCUGACACAUACAUCAUUGAGACAGUGAGCUUCACCAACAUUGGUGUGGUGCCAAUGACCUGCUUUGUCCUCAUCCUCCUGUCAUACAUCAGGAUCGCUUCCUCUGUGGUGCGGAUGAAGAAUGCUGAGAGCCGGCGGAAAGCAGCGUCAACCUGCGCCUCCCACCUGACAGUGGUGUGCUUCUUUUUUGGGCCAUGUGCUCUCCUCUACACCCAGCCAUCUCUGAGUGAUGUGCUGGCUACCCCCAUUCAGAUCUUUUGUAAUGUAGUGACACCAAUGGUGAACCCCACUAUCUAUACCCUGAGGAAUAAGGAAGUCCAGGCAGCAUUCAGGAAAAUAAGAGGUGGCUAG